CCUGGCGCGGCCGGCAGAGAGGGAUGGAAGACAGGAGGAGCCGCCGGGAAACCUGAGCACAAGCGGCCGACAGCAGCGCGCACACAGGCGGGGACGGAGACCGCGAAGCCUCGCACGGGAGCGGCCAUUACCGGCCGGGAAGCACGCUGGGAGCUGAGGCGGCUCGCCGGGAAUAGGAAGCCCGAGUCCGGAUACGGUUUCUCCCUGGAGCUCCGCCGACGACUUGGGGGGGACGGAAACCGGCUCAGUGCCCCCACCCACCGCCUCCCUCCCCGGACACUCGUCUGGGGGUGUGCGGGGUGAACUCCCUCCCUUCCCCUUCCCUCGCACGGGGGCCACAGAAAAGCAGCAGUCGCCGGCUGGAAGCCGACAUCCGAGCAGGGACAGUCGGAGACAACGCACCGGGCGAUGCGGCGGUGUGUUCCCGCACACGUACACACACCCAGAGGCGGCGAACAUGGACAGAUAGCGUUUAUGUAACCGUCAUUCAAGAAGAUAUCCGAGGCUUCAACUUCCCACAUUCUUACAAACACUCGCUCCUGGAGGUUUCUACUUUCUUCCGGACUACUCCCGAGGAUUAUCCAACCCGGCUUUGGGAGGGACACACCGGGGACACGGAGAGGCAGAGGACCGGGUCACUGCGGUAGUCUGCAGGCCGACCCCUCGCCUCUCGCCGGCCGGCCACAGAGCCACCAUGGCCGGGUUCAUACCGGGGCUGCUGCCGACGAACCAUUCCCAGGAGAAGGAGUUCGCCCAGGCGUAUGAGGAUGUGCUGGAGAGAUAUAAAGACGAGCGGGACAGGGUGCAGAAGAAAACCUUCACAAAAUGGAUCAACAAGCACCUCAUCAAGGUGAGGAAGCACAUCACAGACUUGUACGAGGACCUGAGGGAUGGACACAACCUUAUUUCCUUGCUGGAGGUCCUGUCUGGAGUCACCCUGCAACAGAAAAGCGGCCCCGCUUUGAAAAGGGCAUACGCCUCGCGGGCCCCCCCUCUCAUCUUGCUCAGAGGGGAGGAGGAUGAGGAGGAGGAGGAAGGAGCUCAGGGACCCAGAGAAAAGGGGAGAAUGAGAUUUCAUCGACUACAGAAUGUCCAAAUAGCUCUGGACUUCCUCAAACAGAGACAGGUCAAACUUGUGAACAUCAGGAACGAUGACAUCACAGAUGGGAACCCCAAACUGACGCUGGGUCUCAUCUGGACCAUCAUCCUUCACUUCCAGAUUUCAGAGAUCUAUGUGAGCGGCGAGUCGGGCGACCUCACAGCCAAAGAGAAGCUGUUACUAUGGAGCCAGCAGGCGACAGAAGGCUACCCCGGCCUCCGCUGUGUCAACUUCACCUCAUCCUGGAGGGACGGACGCAUGUUCAACGCUCUGCUGCACAGAUUCAGGCCCGACCUGAUCGACAUGGAGCUGGUGUCCCGGCAGAGUAACUGUGAGAACCUGGAACAGGCCUUCGAGAUCGGCGAGUCGUUAGGGGUGACCAGGCUGCUGGACGUCGAGGAUGUUGAUGUUGCUUCUCCGGAUGAGAAGUCGGUCAUCACCUACGUCUCUUCCAUCUAUGAUGCCUUCCCCAAGAUCCCUGAGGGAGGAGAGGGCAUCGCUGCACACGAGGUGGACCAGCGCUGGUCAGAAUACCAGUCCAGGUUCUCCUCUCUGCUCCAGUGGAGCCGCCAGCACACAGUCCUCAUGGCCAACAAGAAUUUCCCACAAAACCCUGUGGAGCUCAAGGCACUUUACAACGAGUACGUCCACUUCAAAGAGACGGAGAUCCCCGCGAAGGAGGUGGAGAAAGGUCACAUCGAGCAACUCUACAAACUGCUGGAGGUGUGGAUGGAGUUCGGUCGUAUUAAGCUUCCUCAGGGCCUCCACCCCAACGACCUGGAGGAGGAGUGGGGGAAACUCAUCCUGGAGAUGCUGGAAAGAGAGAAGGCCCUGCGGCCGGCUGUGGAGAGGCUAGAGCUGCUGCUCCAGAGAGCCAACAAGAUCCAGAACAUGGCUCUGGACUGUGAGGAGAAACUCACCCUCGCCAAAAACACACUCCAGGCUGACAUGUCUCGAGCGGAGAGCGGCGAGGUGGUGCAGUGUGAGAAGGAGCUGGCCUGUUACCUGCAGGACUGUGAGUCUCUGAUCAGACAACUCAACCAGGAGCUCAAGCUCCUGCGGGAGGAGAAGUACUACCAGGUGGAGCAGCUGGCGUUCAGAGCGUCCUGCCUGCAGGAGGAGCUGGUCUCCCUCAGACUUCAGUGCUCCAGUGUCUACAGGAAAGGACAUUUCUCUCCGGCUCUGGGCAGCACCGGGGCCGAGCACACCAGCCAGCGAGGCACCGACAGCGGCCUGUCACUCGGGCAAACGCUGCUGGGAGCUGUGGGAGCUGUGGGAGCCGUCGGAGCCGCGCUCCUGCGGCGACCCAUGGCCCGCUCCCAGCUGGUGGCCAUGUCUUCAUCAGAGGACGAAGGAAGCCUGAGGUUCAUCUACGAGCUGCUGGGCUGGGUGGAGGAGACGCAGGAGCUGUUGGAGCGAGCUGAGUGGGGAGCAGACCUGCCCUCGGUAGAGAACAACCUCCAGGAGCACAACGACAUCCACACUGCAGUCGAGGAGUUACUGAGCAGCCUGCAGGAGGCACGCAGCUAUGAGGCAAAAGUUUCCCCCAACUUCAAAAGCAGUUACUCAGAAACCCUGGCCAAGCUGGAGCAUCAAUACUGCAAACUACUGGAACAUUCGUCAUGGCGCCUGCGGAGCUUGGAGAGCCUGCACGCGUUCGUGUCGCACUGCACUGAGGAGCUGAUCUGGCUCAACGAGAGGGAGGAGGAGGAAAUCGCCUUCGACUGGAGCGACAGCAACAGCAACAUGAACGCCAAGAGAGAAUUAUACAGCGAAAUGAGGUUAGAGCUGGAUGAGAAGCGAGAGGUGAUGAGGUCCCUGCAGGAAACGGCGAGUCGCCUGUGUCUGGAGAACCAUCCGGCCAAACAGACCGUGGAGGCGUACAGUGCAGCCCUGCAGACUCAGUGGCAGUGGGUGGACCAGCUCUGUGUUUGUGUAGAGCAACAUCUCAAAGAUAACACGUCCUACUUCCAGUUCGUGAGUGACGCUCGGGACUGCGAGUCGUACCUGCGUCAGCUCCAGGAAACCAUCAAGAGACAGUACACGUGUGACAAGAACAGCAGGCUGACCAAACUGGAGGACCUGCUGCAGGACUCCAUGGAGGAGAAGGAGCAGCUGAUCGAGUACCGGAGCACCGUGGCGAGUCUGGUGGGCCGGGCCAAGACGUUGGUGCAGCUCCGCCCCCGCAGCGCAGAGAGCAACCUGGCCGCCACCACGCCCAUCAGGGCCAUCUGCGACUACAGACAAAUAGAGACAAACGUUCAGAUCACGAUCAGUCGAGGGGAGGAGUGCGUCCUGGAGGACAACUCUCAGAGGACCAAGUGGAAGGUGAUCAGUCCCACGGGCAACGAGGCCAUGGUCCCCUCGGUGUGUUUCACCGUCCCGCCCCCCAACCAGGAGGCCAUGGACACAGCCAGCAGGACGGAGCAGUUGUACCAGAAGGUCAUGUCUCUGUGGCACCAGCUCCACGUGAACAUGAAGAGUGUGGUGUCCUGGCACUACCUGCUCAAAGACGUCAGGGCCGUCUCCACAUGGAACCUGGACACGGUUCGAUGCCAGUCUCCGUCGGAGCGGCAGCAGGUCCUCGACCACCUGGAGUCCCAGUUGGCCGACUUCCUGUCCGACAGCAAGGAGAGCUCUCUGUUCACGCCGGUGGAAAGACGGGAGCUGGAGCAGGACGUUCAGCAGGCCCAGCAGCACUGUCAGGACCUGCUGCUCAACAUGGAGACGGUUGAGAAGGACGAGUCAGUCUCUCGGUCGUACCUGUCCGAGCUGCAGAACAUCACCCUGCGUCUGAAUGAGGCCGAGCAGAGGCUGAUGAGGGGCAUUCAGACUCCGCCCCCCAGCAGGCUGUCAGGAGACACUGCUGACAACACCGUGCAGAUCGCAGAGCAAGAGAAGCUGCAGUCGGAGCUCAACGCCCUGCGCUCUGGUUUGGGUGACGUGUCCCGUCGCUGUGUCCGAUUCUUUGAGGAGAAGCCGACGUCCUCCAGCGUCCCCGUCCUUCGGUCUGAGCUCAACCAGGCUGUGGAGAAGACGGACAAACUGCACAACCUCUCGUGUGUCUACCUGGAAAAGUUAAAGACCGUCGACGUCCUGAUUCGCAGCCUGGAUGAAGUGGAGAGCCAGGUCAGGAAGUACGAGAGCCGACUGAGUGAAGAAGACAUCGUUCCUGCCGACACCACGGCCAUUCAAAGCCUCAGGGAUCAACUCGGGAAGUGGGAGGAUGAACGGGGCGAGCAGGGGGACAUCUUCCUCUCUCUGCAGUCCGUUGUGCGUCGGGCCAAAGAGGCGGGGUCUCAGCUCAGCAAGCUCCACCCUGACCGCAGCCCUGAGCUGCAGCUGUACCAGGAGAGAGCCAAUCAGAUGACAGACAGGUGGAGCGGCGUUCAGAGACAGAUGGAGACACGACGAGCGGAUCUGGACGCUCUGGGCUCGGACCUGCACCAGUACAGAGCCGGUCACUCGGCUCUGAUCCGGUGGAUCGAGGAGACGACGCAGAGACAAGAAAACACACAACCUGGACAGAGCGACAGCAAAGCUCUGUCGGAGCAGCUGGCCCAGCAGACGGCAUUAGUAGCUGAGAUUGAACAGAACCAGACCAAACUAGAUGAGUGUCAGACUCACUCCAAACAGUACUGCACCUCAGUGAAGGACUACGAACUGCAGCUGAUGACGUAUAGAGCCUUUGUAGAGUCGACACACAAGUCACCUGUGAAGAGGAGGAGGAUGCAUUCUUCAUCUGACGCCAUCACUCAGGAGUUCAUGGAUUUAAGCACACGCUACACGGCCUUGGUCACCUUGACAACCCAACACGUGAAGUACAUCAGUGAUGCUCUGAGACGACUAGAAGAAGAAGAGAAAGAGGUGGAGGAGGAGAAGCAGGCCAGGGUCGGACAGGUCUCAGAUCUGCUGGGCUGGGUCAAAGGCCUCCAGGGACGGACCGGCGGCCCCAACGCUGAGUCCUCACUCGCAGCUCAACAGGCCAUCAGUGAACAGCUAGCAGCCAAGAAGGACGAGGUGGCUGAAGCCAUAAGGAGCACAGAGGUCUUCCUAUUAUCAAAACAAGCCAGCAAGUUGUCCCCAGAGGAGCGUGCUCAGGUGGAGGCUCAGCUGGACCAGCUCAAGUCCACCUACAGCCAGAUGUGUGACAGCUCCACCCAACAGCUGCAGCAGCUGGAGCAACAACUUGCCAAAGAGGAGGAGAGAAAGAACCAAGUUGCCAUCGCUGGAGUAAUCGACCUGGGAACAGUGGAAACAUUCCCAGUGUUCCAAGCCUCUCAGCAAGGUCUUAUUGACCAGGACACCUGCCGUGUGCUCCUGGAGGCCCAGCUCGUCCUGGGUGGGCUCGUCCAGCCCGACUCCCCACGGAGUCUUACACUGGAACAAGGUCUCGCUCAAGGCCUCAUCGACGUCCGCACCAAGGAGUCGCUGUCUGAGCUGGAGAAUGCCUUGAUUCUGGUGGGAAACACUGAACCUGAAGUUGACCAGCAACCACCUGUGCUGCCAGUAGCUGCGGCCAUGGAGGUCGGGCUCAUCGAAGAGGAGGUGGGACUCCGCAUUCUGGAGCUCCAGAUGAGCACCGGAGGCCUGAGAGUCUCGACAAGGAAACUGAUAAGUCUGGAGAAAGCCGAGGACAUGAGGCUUUUGACUCCCAGAACUGUCACCAAACUUCAGUCAAGGCUUCAGCACCGAGAGCUGAUCGAUCCAAACACAGCUGAAAAGAUUCACCUGUGUGAGCUACAACAGCGCUGUGUGUUCGACGACGACUCCGGCUUCCUCCUCCUCCCUGUCAAACAACAGCCCGGAGGGACGGUCUGCCUCCGCUCUGGAAGGAAAGUCGGCAUCUUCCGCGCCGUCCAGGAAGGUCUCAUCGACCACAAAGUUACUGUGCGGCUGCUUGAAGCUCAGCUCUUUGCCGGUGGUAUAGCCGACCCACGCUCUGGCCAUCGACUGACCAUUAACGAGGCUGUUCGUCUCGGGCUGAUGGAUCAGGAUCUAGCCUGUGCAUUGUUAGCACGUCAGCUGCAAACUGGGGGAAUUAUAGAUCCUCUCAGCAGAGAACGUCUGGAUUUGGGAGAAGGUAUUCACCGAGACCUUCUCUCCUCUCGUUUGGCUCUGUUGGUCCUCGAGUCUCUUCGGGCUUUCAAGGGUCUGCUGCUGCCUGAAUCUGGAGAACUUCUGCCAAUUGCUGAGGCUCUUCAACAAGGAGCGAUCUCAGGAGAACUAGCAAGAAAUAUCCUAGCACAGCGUCAUGCCAUUGGGGGUCUGUACAAACCUGAAACUCUCCAGGUGCUGCCCUUAAACCAUCCUGAUUCGUCCCUUGAGCCCAGUGUCGUCGGUUUCCUCAAAGACACCCACAUCCCAGAUGUUCUCGUCAGCAUGAAUCAGUCCGGCACACCAUCUCUAAACCGCUCGAGCUGGGGUUCCACCAGUUCCUCUUCACCUCCAUCUUCUCCAGCUCCUGCAGACAUGUUGUGUGAUGCUACACCAACAAGUGGAACGGAUCCUAAACAACAAGCCAAACACAAGCUGCUGUUUCACCUCAUGACUCACAGCUAUGUGGAUGCUCAUUCUGGAAAACGACUGGUGCUGCUCGACCCUGAGCUGGUGGAGUUGGUCGAAGCUGCUCAACUGGUUCCUGGAGACGCUGCUUUUAUAAAUCAAGCUGAGUCUGGAAGCACUUUUGCUCCAGAUAAGCAGAUGGUGAGAGUGGAAGUGAGUGGAAAGCAGAUUAAAGGUGAGGGAGAAGAUGUAGGUACACCAAGCAAGAUCUAUGGUACAAGUAGUCUAAAAGAAAGGUAUGAUGGAGAAUUGUUGCAGAAACCAUCCUUGAUAAUGUUAGAGAGUGAUUUAACAACAAAAGAAGGAAUCAAGGUCGAUAAAGAUGCAAACGUAAGAGCUAAGAAGAAAGAAAAGACCAACGUUCAAAGUUUAAUGGCUGUAGCUAAAACCCCAGAGGAGCUGGUAGAAACUGAAUCCAAACCCAGAGAUGGGAUUUGUCUGGUAGAACCCAUCCCACUGGAAGCAGAAACAAGUGAAUACGUUCAUUUAAAACAAUCUGUAGCUGGGAAAGAUAUAAACCCUGUAAAAGAGACGGAUCCCAGGAUUGCUAAAGCUGAGGUUGUAGCUGCAGGGGAGAUGGAAGUAGAAAAUGCUGAGUUGUCAAGGUUGGUCCUGGAGCUAAAGCAGGGUGGUCUGAUGACAGAAGAAGGGGAAAAGCUGCUUCCUGAUGAGGCAGUAGCCCAGGGUGUCCUCCCCGGCCACACUGCAGUUAAAUUAAUGGCUCAGGCAGGUCUGUUUGGGGGUUUCCUAGAUGCCAGCAGUGGUGAGUCACUGAGCAUGGCGGAUGUCAUGCAGGAGGGUUUGCUAGAUGAAGAUCUGAUGUGGAGUGUCCUGCAGUCAGAUAAAACCCUUGCAGGCAUUGUGGACGCAGAGAAAAGGCAGAUCUGUGGUGUGAGGGAGGCAGCUCGAGAAGGGUUGAUUGACCCCGACACUGCUGAUAGACUCCUGGAAGCCCAGGUGGCUUCUGGGGGAAUUGUAGACCUCCGCCGGGAUAAGAAAGUCUCUGUCACUCUCGCAGCAAACCUGGGACUGAUUGAGGAGGGUCAAAGAGAAGAACUGGUGGCACUAGAGAAGGCGUACAAAGGGAAACCUACGGAUGUAACAACCGCCCUCAAAAAAGCCAGUUUACAGCUACAGAUGGAAGGUGUCAUUGACCCAGAGUCUAAGUCUCCAGUUUCUCUGGAGCAAGCACUUCAAAAAGGGUUGAUUAGGUCAGAGGAGGCUUAUCAUGUGUUGGCGAGGCAGGUGGCGGAGGGUGGUGUAAUCCAUCAUGCUUCAGGAAUGAGGCUUUCUGUCGCUGAUGCUGUUGAUAGAGGAUUAGUGGAUCGGUCUAUUGCUCCUGGCCUGGAGGACCUAGAGUGGGUCUACCAAGGCAAAGUCAGCCCCUCAUCUCACCCAGAUGCUGUUGCACUCCAGGCAUCGACAGGAGCUGUUUUAGACCCUGAAUCUGGACGUAAACUGACAUUGACAGAGGCUGUUUCUAAAGGUCUCCUGCAUGAGAACAUGGCCAGUGAAGCCAUGGCCUCUCCCACAGUGACACAAGGAGCUCUGGACCCUCAAACGGCUCGAAUUGUGCCUUACUCAGAACUUGUUAACCAGGGCAGGAUCGAUAUUGAAUCAGGCAAACGUUUCUUGGAGGUGAAGCCGUUCAGAGGGGUUCAGAACGAGCAAACCGGAGACAGGUUGACCCUUUCUGAGGCAAUUCGCUCAAAGCAAGUUGACCCAGUUCCAGCGCUGAGGCUUCUCCAAAGCCAGGCAGACAGUGGAGGGAUAGUUGAUAUAAAGACUGGAGAAAGGCUCCCUCUAUCUGAAGCCUGUAAAAGAGGUCUAGUCGGAGAGGAUAUGGUCAAAGUAAUAGCCUCCAACCAAAUGUUUAAAGGAGGCUUAGUCGAUCCCUCGACUGGACAACGGGUUUCUAGUCUCAGUGAUGCUGUUGCAGUCGGACUGAUCUCCAGUGACACGGCUGCUGACAUUCAGAACAAAGUGGCUUCUGCAAAGAUUGAAGGUGAUGAAGGUAGUUCUACACCUGUUGCCUCAUUGAGCAGCACGUACAGCCCUGCUAUUGUAAUGUCAGUGUCGAGCAGUCCAGCAAUAUGGUCAGAUGGAAACUCAGAGGAAGGUUCAGGAGUCACACAGGAAGAUGAAAAGACAGUAAUGUCUUUAGUAUCAGACAAGUCACCGUACUACGACGUGGAAGAGGACAAAGUGGAGGUGCCGUUGUCAACAGGAGAGUCUUUAAUCGAGUCCGACCAGUCCAUGGACCUCUUGUGUAACUUUGCAGCUAAUGUUGAGAGAAGGAUUCAACAGGCCAUCGGAGAGAUAGUACCACAGAAAGACAGAGUAGAGAGGCGUCCUAAACAGGAGCCUGAUGAGAAAGUGCAGAUAAGUGAGGGUAAGGUAAGUGUCUGUGAUAUUGGCAAAGAUUCCCAGGAAGAGGUGAGAAAGGGAGCUGCCAUUUUGAAGUCGGACAGGGAACCUGUGUUUGUUGGGGAAAGAGAGUGUCGACCCAGUGAUGAGACAUCAGAGGUUCAUCGGGUUUCUGAAGUAAAACGGACAGGUCCUGUGGCGGCAGAGAUUAGAGAUGAGAAAGAAAGCAAAGACAACACUGAAGUGUCUAAAAUGAAAGAGGAGGAAUAUAGAAAGAGUGAUGUGACGGAACAGAGGGAUGAUGGUAAAGUUGUGGAAGGAGAGAAACCUUUAAAGAUUGAAAUCAAAUCUGAGCAAUCAGGCCAGAUGGUGACGUCUCCAGUCAAAGAUACAGAAAGCAAAGGCAAGAAAAAGAGGAGGAAUAAAAACAAGGGAAAGGGUAAAGAAGCAGAAAGUGAAACACAACCUGCAGAGAUUAAACAGGGAUCAGACAUCGACCGGGCAGAGGCAGAGAUCGAAGGACGGCCUGAGGCUACAGAUCCAGUCAGAGAUUGCGUUCCAUCACAAGACAAAAGGGAGAAAUUGCAAAUUCAUGGUCGAGUAGCUUCCCUAGAACCUCCCAAUGGAGAGCGUGAAGCAGAGGCUGAUUUGAAAAUUGAAUAUGAAACUGAUUUGAUGAAACAGACACGAGAAACCGUUCCAGCCACUGAACAAAUUAUAGAGCCAGAAAAGGGUGAAAAGAAAAUUAUGAUUUCUAAGGAUGUAGAAGAGUGUGAUAAGAGAGAGAAGAUAAAAAGAGAGCAGGAGAGAGAAGUCGGAGAGAAGGCUUCUGUCUCUCAGGAACCAGAACGAGAGAAAGGAAAAGAGCAAGAGCUGCCUCUGAAAUCGGCUUUACCGGAAAACGAGAAAGCCGCUUUGAUCCUGAAAGCCAAAGAGAGCAUCCUGAAGAAGGUGUUUGAAAAAGGAGUGAGCGAGAAACAGGCUGCUGAGGAGCUGCAGGCCCUGAGGAAGGAGGUGGAGAAGAAGGAGAUUCAAGACACGACUGCAAGAGAAGUGAAGGCAACAACUCUGCCAGCUAACAAAGGAGUGGAGAGUCAGGAUGUCGGAGAAGUCGAGAGGCUGAAUGGUUCGUCGAAAGACAACGAGGAAGAGACGAGUGUCAGAGAAGACGAAUCGAAAGUGAUAAAGGUCAAAGAAGAUAUGACUGCGGAGGAACUUUCCGUUAGCGAGGGCAUGGAAACCAAACUGUUGGAGGCUCCGCCGCAAGAGAGAGGAAAGAUCGGUUCUGGAAAGGAAGACAUCGAGGUGUCACCGUCAGUGAAGCCGAAAGAAAUUCAGAAAAGCAAACGAAGCAAGAAGAGCAAGAAGUCCAAGGGUCCGAAUGUGUCGGACAAAGCUGAGCCUGAUGCUGAGAAAGAGGAUUCUGAGGCGACUACAACAAAAACAACCAAACCAAAUGUCGAUGGCUCAGCUUUGACUAAGGAGCCGAGGAUGGACAGACAUACUGACGCUGGUGUCGUCCAACCUUCAGCUGGUGAUACGUUAAUCAAACCUGAGAUCUCUGCAAUGACUGAUAAAGAAGCUGAGACAAGUCGACACAGUUUACAUGAGUCUGAGGAACCCAGUUCUCACAUUGAGGAACACGCACGAGUUGCAGAGGUCACGUCUAUUGAGAAAGAACAAUCUCGUUCAGGAACCACAAGCGAAGGUAAAUCCGUCCAAGCUGUCGCAGGCGAACCAGACAAACAACCCACAGCUCAGCGUGUCGCUCCUGUCGCACCAGUAAAAACAGCUGGAAAGGGUAAAAAGAAGAAAGUUGCUGUGGUCUUAAAAGAACAAGAGCCACAUGUGGAGUCUCCAGAUUCUGCACCUUUGCUCUCAGAGGAAACGUCAACAGAGUCUGAAUCAGCUGGAGUCACCGAGUCUGAUACAACCACUGAGAGCUGGGGAGAGGAGGAGGAGGAGGAAGUCAGAGAGAGACGAGGGACUGAGUCAAAGAGAGAGGGGACGUCAGUCUCUGGCAAGUCGUCAUUGAAGCGUCAGGAAUGUUUGGAGCACGACCAGCGAAUCGUCGCCCUGGUCUCCAUGGUGCGACACGUCGAGGUCCGACUCAAGCAGCAGCAGCAGCAGUCUGUCGGCCGCAGCCUCAUCGCUCUGGACGACACCAUCAGGCAGACUGAGACUCUGGACCUUGAACUGCGCGACUUGGAGGCCGAGGUCGCCAAGGAGGUGGAGGCGGCCGAGCUACUGCUGAAGCCCCGACCUCAAGAUGUUCCUCCGCAGCUCCUCCUGGCCCUGGAGAAGGACGGGCGCAGCCUGGCUCGAGGGUACGAGGCGGCUCGAUCGCUCUCUGGUGGCAUUCUGAAAAGCCUGCGAGACCACAGAGACUCUUACAAGGAGGCAGUAACGGCUGAGAAGAUGUCGCUCGGAGGACAAGUGGAGCGUCUGCUCUCCUGGUUGAAGGAGACCGAGGCUCAGACGGACGGAGGAAUUGCAGGAAUGGAAAAAAUUGAGAAAUCAGAGAAGGAGGACAAUUGUGAUCAGCUCACACAGCAGCUGAAUCUUUGCAAGGAGCUGCAGUCGUCUCUGAUGUCUCGCUCCAAUGAGGUCAACAACGUUGCCUUUGAGAUUCAGGUGUUCAUCUCCGAGCGAGCUCAGGACCUGGCCCCCGAGCAGAGCAGGCAGCUGCUGGGGCAGCUGCAGCAGCUCCAGAGGAGCUUCCACCGAGCGUCGGGCCAAGCUCAGGCCUGGGCCGACGCUCUGUCCGCCCAGAGAGAGAGGGAGGAGGAGUGGCAGCGCAGGAAGAGGGUGAAAGAAGAAGAGGAGGACAGAGAGAGGCAGAGUGCAAGGGAGAGAGAGGUGGCCCAACAGCAGAAAGCCGAAUGCUCCCAGAAACUGGAAGGCCUCAGCAUGUGGUUGGCCGGAGCUGCCAGUUUGCUGGCCAGUCAGAACGCUGGAGCGGAGUCAGGUGACGUGAACGUCCUGCAAGAGAAGCAGAAAAGGCUAAAGGAAGUGCAGAAGGAUCUCCAGACGAAGGGCGAGGGCAUCGCUGAGGCCAUCCGCUCAGUGGAGGAUCUCCUGGCAGAACGCGGAGACACUCUGAAUCCAGAGGAGAGGCAGAACCUCCAGGGGGCGCUGACGAGAAUGAAAGAGCAGUACAGCGCCCUGACAGACACAGCCAACACGUCGGUGUCCGAGCUGGACACGGCCAUCAACAACACCGUCCAGCAGAACACACAACGGGCGAAGGCGGAGGAGGACCUCCAGGAGACACAAGGUCAGAUCGACUCGCUGCUGAAAGACCUUUCAUCCAUGAACCAACCGGGAAGAAGAGGAGCCGGAUCUGUGAUGGCUCAAAGUGUGGUCGAUGCACCGUUCUCACAACCAGAGGGCGCUGUCCUGUCACACACUGAGAUGCUGCAGGCGGAGCUUCAGCAGCUUCAGUCCCAGCAGGCACAGCUACUUCAGAUCACCCAGGCAACCCGGUCUCUUCUGGACCAGCCCGACUCGACCGUUCCUCCUGAGGAGAAGCAGCGUCUCCGAGCUGCCCUGGACCAGCUGCAGGCCCAGCACCAGGACAGCCUGCAGAGCUGCCAGGACCGUCUGAGGAAGUCUGAAUCUCUGAAGGACGAGUUCACGAAGUUCCUCCAAGAACAGGGAAGUCUUGGUGCCUGGUUGGAACAGAGCGAACAAGAGCUCCGUUCCCUGGGGGAAGGAGAAACCGACGCACAAGGACUGAAGGCCAGGCUGGAGGAGCACAGAAAGCUUGCUGAGGAUGUGAUUUGCCACAAGGCGGAUCUGCGCUUCGUCUCCAUCUCGGGUCAGAAAGUUCUAGACUCUGUUCAAGGGGCUCUGGAGCAAGUUGGAGGUUCAGAUCCCGCCCUGGACAGCACCAAGCAGCUGGUGACCGACAAGCUGCAUGAUGCGAACCACAGAUACACAACCCUACACACUAAGUCGUCAGAUCUUGGCGGCCGUUUGUCCGGCCUGCUGGAGAGAUACCAGCAGCACCAGGAUGAGGUCGUCUCCCUCCACUCGUGGCUCAGCACUCAGGAACAGAACCAAAGCAUCGCCAAGCCCAGCGGAGACAAAGACCCACAGAACCUGCAGAACACGCUGCGACAAGUACAGCUGCUGCAGGAUGAACUGGCAGAGCGCUCGGUGCAGCUGGAGAAGGUGAAGAGAGCCGGUCGAGAUCUGGUCAGCACAGAUGAAUCCCCCUCCCUGAAAGCUGUGGACAUCCUUUGUGCCGCAGAUGGUUUGGAGAAGAGGUUUGGCUCCCUCUCUACUUCUGUCUCUGAACGGGCCAAGCAGCUGCAGACGGCCGUGGCUCAGUCCGUCAGCGUCCAGGAGGGCCUGAAGGCUCUGCUCAGCUGGCUCGACAAACUGGUCCUGAAGCCUGGACCAGUGGAGCCCACCGCACAGGCUCUGCAAGACGCCCUCACCCAAAAUCAGAAACUCCGGCAGGAGCUGCUCUCCAGGCAGGGCAGCGUGGAAGCAACGCGAGACUCCAUUUCCAAACUGCUCCAGAGCUCCGACGCUUCCACAGCCUCAGGCCUCCAGGGAGCUUUGGACGAGCUGACUCAGCGCUACACUGCAGCACAAGCCAGCCAGGCGGAGAGGGAAUCUGAGCUCAAAGGGCUGCUGCCCAGACUGGAGAGUUACGAGCGGCUGGGGACCGACCUCCAUGUCUUCACCCAGACCCGACUGAAGGCUCUGAGCCCGGUGGGCCAGCCAGACCGCAGCGUGGACGACUACAGGCAAACUGUCGAGGAGGUGAGGUCGGAGCUGGAGCAGGAAGCCGGUCAGCUGAAGUCCUUCUGCAGCCUCGGCUCCGAGCUCAGCCAGUCACACGCUCUGAGUAACUCUCAGAGCGUAUUGGAUAAUGUCAGGGGGGUGUCCGACGAGUUCACACAUCUGGAAGCAAAUGUCAACGAAAGGUUCGCUGCCGUCCAGGCCUGUGAGCAGCAGCUGCUCAGCUUCCGCGGGCUCUCCGGCUCUCUGGUCCGGUGGCUCCAGACGGCACAGGAGCAGCUUCCCCCCAAAGAGGCCAACCUCAACACCGAGGGCCUGCAGAAACGAGUGCAGCAGCUCAAGGACUUACUGAACGACUGGGAGUCGCAGGGAUCCAGGGCUCAGGAGCUGAGCAAGACGGGCUCCGAGCUGGAGUCUCUCAUCAUCGACAUCACCGCUCCUCGGACCAAAAGUGGUGCCCCACACAUCAAUGGCUCAGCAGGUCCCAGCAGUGUCAAUGGCAUUCACACCUGCAAAGACCUGACGGAGCUGCAGGUGGCCGUGUCCGACGUGAACGGCCGAUACGAGACGCUGGGCGGAGAGUUGAAAGAUCGUCUCAGUCGCCAGCAGGACUCACUGGAGCUGAGGCAGAAGGCCAGGCAGGGCGCGGACCAGCUGAAGAGCUGGCUGACGGACAAAGAGCAGAGUUUGAGACAGGGACAGACCGCCUCCCCCUCCAAACCUGAGGCCGUACGCGCCCAGGCCCAGGAGAACAAGGCCCUGCUCUCGGAGCUGGCGGAGCACUCUGGGACGGUGGAGGAGUUGAAGAGCACACUGAGGAAGCUCAUUGCUGACAACCCUGACUCUCCUGAAGCUGACAGCUGGAGACAACAGCUGCAAGAGAUAGACUCCCGCUGGCAGACAACCAAUCAGAGCGCAGCCCAGAGGCAGACGGAGCUCGAGACGUGUGCCGAUAGGCUGGGCAGCUUCGCCUCAGCAGCCAAUCAGCUGGGCCCGUGGCUCAGGGAGAAGGAGCUGAUGAUGAGCGUGUUGGGACCAUUGAGCAUCGACCCCAACAUGCUGACCACACAGAAACAACAAGUGCAGUUCAUGAUGCGCGAGUUUGACACCAGGCGGCCGCAGUUUGACCAGCUGACCCAGUCCGCUGAGGGUAUCCUCUCCCAGACUGGGGACUCCGCCCAGGACGCCAAGGACCUGGCGGAGGUGCGGGCUGAGCUGGGCUCCAUCUCGCAGCAGUGGGAAGACCUAACAGGCCGACUGACUCAGAGGUCCAGCCACAUCGACCAGGCCCAGGGAACCAGCGAACGCUACCAGGCUUUGCUCAGACAGCUCUCCUCCAGUGUCUCUGCUCUGGGCGAGAGGCUGGACGCUCAGGCCUCACUGAGUGCCCAGCCGGAGGCGCUGAAACGCCGCCUGCAGGAAACCGGAGAGAUCCGCUCAGAGCUGGAGAGACGGCGGACCGAGCUCGCCGAGGCCGAGAGGCUCUGCCGCGAACUGAGCGCCAUCGUAGCUGAACCGUACCUGAAGGAAGAGCUGAGCAAACGACUGGAGAGCGUCGGCGCUCCACUGAGGAAUCUGGAGGAGCGAGCAGCGGACGGCCUCUCUCAGCUCCAGGCGGCCCUGUCCUCCACCCAGCAGUUCCAGCAGAUGUUCGAGGAGUUGCGCUCGUGGCUCGACAAACAGGCAGAUCCCAGAGAUUCCACCACCGACUCCCUGCCUUGCCAGCCACAGGCCAUCCGCUCCCUGCUGGCACAGACAGAUGAGCUCCAGCGCGGCAUCGCCAGUCAGCGAGGCUCCUACGAGCUGAUUCAGGCCGAGGGAGCGUCGCUGCUCGCCACUCUCCCAGCGGGCGGAGACGAACGGUCCACCCUUCAGUCUCGCCUGGCGUCCCUGCGACAGGACUGGGAGGGCUUGAACCAGAGGCUCUCUGAGCGUGAGAGCAGACUGAAGAACACACUGAGCAAAGCGGAGACCUACCAGCAGCACAAGGCAGAGCUCAUCCCUUGGUUAUCAGACUGUGAAGAGAAAGACGGAGAGAUCCAGCCGGCGCUGGACUCGUCUGUCCUGGAUGAAGCCCUGCAGAGGGCACGAGGUCUGUCUCUUGACCUCGAGAGACGGCAGCCGCUGCUCGAGUCCUUCAACACUGCAGCCGAUCAGCUGCUGGAGCAGUGCUGCAUCGGGGAGGAAGAGGUGCGAGAUGAGAAGGCCCAGCUGAACCGCAGGGUGGAUGGACUGGGAGAGAGGCUCCACAACCGCACCUCCCAGCUGGAGGAACUGGCCGGCCGCCUGAAGGAGUUUGAAGAGGGCAGACAGACUGUGGAGAGGAGGCUGGAGGCGGCCAAGCACCAGAUCGAAGUGCAGGAGGCUCUGGGUCCUCAGGCGUGCAGCGCUAAGAGCCUGGAGCGGUUGAGAAGUCAGCAGGAGAACCUGAGGUCCCUGCAGCCUCAGGUGGUCUACCUCCGAGACCUGGCCCAGGGGCUGGUGCAGGAUGCUCCGCAGACACCAGGGGGCGGCACCGAGGGGGCCCAGAGGCUUCAGGAGCACGCCAAAGACACAGAGAAGGACUAUGAUGAUGUUACUGACAAGAUCGAACACUGCUGCUCCUCCCUGGAGUCCCGUCUCCAGGGCGUCGGCGAGGUCCAGUCUCACGUGCGCGACGUGUUCUCGCGCCUCGCCGACCUUGACGAUGAGCUGGACUCCCUCAGUCCUGCUGGACGCGACGCGGACUCCCUGGCCUCUCAGGCAGACACUCUCAAGGGGUUCCUGUCCCGUCUGACCAACCUGAGGACGGAGCUGGAGGGUCACGGGUCGGAGUGCACCACCAUGCUGCGGCGAGAGGGCUCCUCCCCCGACCUCCUGGCUCUCAGGAGGGAGACGGAGGCUCUGAGCCGCCAAGCCGGCAAGCUGAGUGAGCGCAGCCAGGCCCGGUUGGACCAGAUCGAGGACGCUGCGGGGAAGGUUCAGGAUUUCUACCGGCGGGUGGCUGAGCUGCAAGGCCUUCUGGGUAGAGCUGAAGAGGGGCUGAACGCACAGGGCCUGGUCGGCACCGAGGUGGAGAUGAUCAAACAGCAGCUGCAGGAGUUCAAGGCUGUGGAGAGAGAACAGGUGGACAGCAUUCAACCCAAGCUGCAGCACGUCAACGCGGUGGGUCAGGGUCUGAUCCAGAGCGCCGCCAAACACACGGACACGCAGGCGCUGGAGCACGACCUGGAGACCACCAACCUCCGAUGGAACUCGUUCAACAAGAGGGUGGCAGAGCGGAUCGCCCAGCUGCAGGAGGCUCUGUUGCAUUGUGGGAAAUUUCAGGAUGCUCUGGAGCCUCUGCUAAGUUGGCUGAGCGACACAGAGGAGCUGGUGGCCAAUCAGAAGCCUCCGUCGGCAGAGUACCGUGUGGUCAAGGCCCAGAUCCAAGAACAAAAGCUGCUCCAGAGGUUGUUGGACGACCGGCGACCGACCGUGGAGAUGAUCCGAGCUGAGGGCGAGAGGAUCGCAGCCACGGCCGACACCCAGGACCGAGAGAAGAUCCAGACUCAGCUCCACAAGCUGGCAGAGAGAUGGACCGAGCUGCUGGACAAGGCCAGCGCCAGGCAGCGGCAGUUGGAGGAGCUGCAGGUUCUGGCUCUUCACUUCCACGAAGCCCUGGAGCCACUGGGAGAAUGGCUGAGCGCCACCGAGCGACGCCUGAGCUCCGCGGAGCCCAUGGGCACCCAGACGGCCAAGAUCUCCCAGCAGAUCACCAAGCACAAGGCGAUCCAAGAGGAUGUGUCCUCGAGAGAAGCCGAGGUUGACCACCUCGAGUCCCUCAGCCAAUCGCUGACCCCGCUCAGCUGCGCGGCGGACCGUGAUUGGUUGAACGAGCGCGUGGGCGCGGUGAGGUCGGGUCACUCGGAGCUCACGGAUUGGUCCUCGAGGCGCGCGGGCCUAUUGGAGCAGGCGCUGGCCAACGCUCAGCUGUUUGGAGAGGACGAGGUAGAGGUGCUGAACUGGCUGGCUGAGGUUGCUCAGAGGCUCGGUCAGGUCUCCGUCCAGAACUACCAGCCUCAGCUGCUGGCCGAGCAGCACAAACACACUCUGUCUCUGAAUGAAGAGAUCGUGAGCAGGAAGAAAACAGUGGACCAGGCCAUCAAGAACGGACAAGCUCUGCUCAAGCAGACCACAGGUGAGGAGGUUCUCCUGAUCCAGGAGAAGCUGGACGGCAUCAAGUCUCGCUAUGCUGAGAUGACGGCCGGCAGCAGCAAGGCCCUCCGCACCCUGGAGCAGGCCCUGCAGCUCGCCACGCGAUUCGCCAGCGCGCACGACGACAUCAACCAGUGGCUGGACGGCGUGGAGGCGGAGCUCAACAACGUGGAGCCCGACGCCUCACCGGCCUAUCAGGAGAGGCAGAAGGAGCUGAAGAAAGUGUCGGCAGAGAAGCGCCUGGUGCUGGACACGGUCAACGAGGUGGGCAACGCUCUGCUCGACCUGGUGCCGUGGCGAGCCAGAGAAGGCCUGGACCGCCUGGUCGCUGACGGCAACCAGCGGUAUCGCCAGGCCGAUGAAACCAUCACUCAGCGUGUGAAGCUGGUGCAAGCUGCCAUCCAGAGGUCUCAGCAGUAUGAAGAGGCCGUGGAUGCAGAGCGGGCCUGGGUCGGGGAGACCGAGCGCAAGCUGGCGUCCCUGGGGCCCCUGAGUCUGGAGCCGGACGUGACCGUGGCUCAGCUGCAGGUGCAGAGGGCCUUCAACAUCGACAUCAUCCGGCACAAAGACACCGUGGAUCAGCUCCUCAACACCAGGGAUGAAAUCCUGGAAACCUGCAGUGACGCUCAGAAGGAUGCGCUCAUGGUAAAGACAGAUUCUCUGAGUGCUCGUUACGAAGCCGUGAGCCACAACCACAGCGAGCGGUUCUCAGCUCUGGAGCAGGCUCAGGUUCUGGUGGCUCGGUUCUGGGAAACAUACGAGGAACUGGAGCCGUGGCUGGGCGAGACCGAAACCCUCAUCAGCCAGCUGCCACCACCAGCCAUCGACACAGACGCUCUCCGACUGCAACAAGACCAGAUGAGACUCCUGAGGGAGUCGAUCGCAGAGCACAAGCCCCACAUCGACAAGCUGCUGAAGAUCGGACCCCAGCUGGCCCAGCUCAGCCUCCAGGAGGCGGCGACGGUGACGCAGCGCUACACCAAGUCCGAGAAACGCUACCUGGCCAUUAAAGAGGAGGUGAAGGGUCGAGCUACAGCGCUGGACGAGGCCGUGUCCCAGUCUGCACAGCUGGUAGAGUUUCACGACAAGAUGGAUCCCCUGCUGGAGACCCUGGAGGGGGCGGUGCAGCGGCUGAGGUCGCCGCCCCCGGUGGCGGCGGAGGUGGACAAGAUCAGGGAGCAGCUGGCGGAGCACCGCGCUCAGGGCCUGGAGCUGGACAAGCUGCUGCCGAGCUUCUCCGCCCUCUGUGCCCGCGGAGAGGAGCUCAUCGGACGGGCGGCCCGGGACGAUCCUGCUGCUCAGGCCGUUCGCUCCCGCCUCCUGCGCCUGCGCUCGCUGUGGGAUGAGAUCCGGCAGCGUGCCGAGGAGAGGGAGGGGAAGCUGAACGACGUCCUCGACGUGGCUGGGAAAUUCUGGUCUGACGUGGCGGCGCUGCUAAGCACGCUCCGAGACUCCCAAGAUAUCGUGAGGGAGCUGGAGGACCCCGGUGUGGACCCCUCGCUCAUCAAGCAACAGAUCGAGGCUGCUGAGGCCAUCAAGGCAGAGACAGACGGCCUGAGGGAGGAGCUGGAGUUCGUCAGGACCCUCGGGGCUGACCUCAUCUUCGCCUGUGGAGAAACUGAGAAACCUGAAGUCAAGAAAACCAUCGAUGAGAUGAAUGCUGCCUGGGAGGGUCUGAACCGGACCUGGAGGGAGAGGAUGGAGCGGCUGGAGGAGGCCAUGACGGCCUCUGUGCAGUACCAGGACGCGCUGCAGUCCAUGUUUGACUACCUGGACAAUGCGGUGAUCAAGCUGUGCGACAUGUCGACUGUGGGAACUGAGCAGGGAACCGUGAAGCAGCAGAUUGAAGAGCUCAAGCUGUACAAGGUGGAGGUUUACCAGCAGCAGAUCGACAUGGAGAAGUUGUGCCACCAGGGGGAGCUGAUGCUGAAGAAAGUGUCCGACCAGACCGACAGGGACAUGAUCCAGGAGCCGCUCACCGAGCUGCGCCACCUGUGGGAGAACCUGGGUGAUAAGAUUAACCAGAGACAGCACAAGCUGGAGGCUGCCCUGCUGGCUCUGGGUCAGUUCCAGCACGCCCUGUCUGAGCUGCAGGGCUGGCUGAGCCACACACACACCACCCUGGACACACAGCGACCAGUCAGCUCUGACCCCAAGGCCAUCGAAAUCGAGCUGGCCAAACACCACGUUUUGCGUAAUGACGUGCUGUCCCAUUAUGCCACGGUGGAGACUGUGAGCGGUGCCGCCGCUGAGCUGCUGGAGUCCUCGCCUGGCGAUGAAGCCAGUCACCUGCGGGAUCGGCUGGAGAAGCUCAACCAGAGCUGGGAGAACCUCCUGCUCAGGACGCAGGAGCGGCAGAAGCUACUGGAGGCCGCUCUGCACCAGGCUGAAGGUUUCCACGGUGAGCUGGAGGAGUUCCUCCAGUGGCUGAGGAGGACGGAGAGCCAGCUGUCUGCCGCCAAGCCAACCGGCGGCCUCCCCGAGACGGCCAGGGAGCAGCUCCAGCAGCACAUGGAGCUUCAGGCUCAGCUGACUCCGCGAGGGGACCAGUACCAUCGCCUGCUGGAUCAGGGAGAGUCCAUGCUGCUGGCCCGAGGAGGAGAGGAAGCAGGACUCGGUACCACCCAGACCCAGCAGAACCUGGGCAUGCUGCAGAACAAGUGGGCCAGCCUCAACACCAAGAUGGAGGACCGCAAGGGAAAACUGGAGGAGGCUGUUUCCUUGGCGACAGGCUUCCAGACGUCUUUGCAGGACACCAUCAACUGGCUGACCCAGGCUGAACAGACCCUGAACAUGGCCCAGCCCCCGAGCCUCAUCCUGGACACGGUCCUCUUCCAGAUCGAUGAGCACAAGGUGUUUGUGAACGAGGUGAACACCCACAGAGACCAGGUCCUGGCUCUGGAGAAGGCCGGCUCUCAGCUUCGCUUUGCCAGCCUGAAGCAGGACGUGGUGCUCAUCAAAAACCUGCUGCUCAGCGUCCAGGCACGCUGGGACAAGCUGGUGCAGAGGUCGCUGGACCGCGGCCGCCACCUCGAUGAGGCCCGCAAGCGAGCCAAGCAGUUCCAUGAGGCGUGGAGGAAGCUGACCGACUGGCUGGAGGAAGCUGAGAAAAGACUGGACUCGGAGCUGGAGAUCUCCAACGAGCCGGACAAGAUCAAAAUACAACUGACCAAACACAAGGAGUUCCAGAAAGCUCUGGGCUCGAAGCAGCCAGUGUACGACACCACAGUGAGGUCAGGGAGGGCCAUGAGGGACAAGGCCCAGCUGCCGGCAGACACCCAGAGACUGGAUCACCUGGUGGGAGAAGUCCGAGACAAGUGGGACACCGUCUGCGGAAAGAGCGUGGAGAGACAACACAAGCUGGAGGAAGCGCUGCUGUUUUCAGGUCAGUUCGCGGAGGCUCUCCAGGCUCUUGUCGACUGGUUGUACCGAGUGGAACCUCAGCUGGCUGAAGACCAGCCCGUCCACGGAGACCUGGAUCUUGUGUCCAACCUCAUGGACACACAUAAGGGUUUCCAGAAGGAGCUGGGUAAGAGAACCGGCAGCAUCCAGGCCCUGAGGCGCUCGGCUCGGGAUCUGAUCGAGACGGGUCGCGAUGACACGGCUUGGGUCAAAGUGCAGCUGCAGGAGCUGAGCAACCGCUGGGACACAGUGUGCGCCCUGUCAGUCACCAAGCAGACCCGCCUCCAGCAUGCGCUCAAACAGGCGGAGGAGUUCCGCACGGCGGUGCAGGUCCUCCUGGAGUGGCUCUCGGAGGCGGAGCAGACGCUUCGUUUCCGCGGCGUCCUUCCGGAAGAGGCGGAGACUCUGCAGGCGCUGCUGCACACACAUCGUGACUUCAUGGGCACCGUGGAGGAGAAGAGGGGGGGCGUCAACAAGGCCGCCGGCAUGGGGGAGUCCAUCCUGACUCUGUGUCACCCGGACUCCAUCACCACCAUCAAACACUGGAUCACCAUCAUCAGGGCGCGUUUUGAGGAGGUGCUGACGUGGGCUAAGCAGCACGAGCAGCGGCUGGAGACGGCUCUGACCGAAGUGCUGAACAACGCCAACCUGCUGGAGGAGCUGUUGUCGUGGCUACAGUGGGCCGAGACCACGUUGGUCCAGAGAGACGCAGACUCGCUUCCUCAGGACAUCACACAAGUCAAAUCCCUCAUCACAGAGCAUCAGACCUUCAUGGAGGAGAUGACGAGGAAGCAGCCGGACGUGGACAAAGUGACGAAGACGUACAAGAGAAAACCAGCGGAGUCUCACAGCAGCCUGUCGGAGAGGAGAGGAGCUCGCAAACAGCAGCAGCAGCAGCAGCAGGCGGCCAUGCAGCUUUCAGGAGGAAACCCACGACUCAACCAGCUCUGUGCCCGGUGGCAGCAAGUGUGGCUGCUGGCUCUCGACCGGCAGCGCAAACUCAACGAUGCUCUGGACCGACUGGAGGAGCUCAAGGAGUUUGCCAACUUCGACUUUGACGUGUGGAGGAAGAAGUACAUGCGCUGGAUGAACCACAAGAAGUCCCGCGUCAUGGAUUUCUUCCGACGCAUCGACAAGGACCAGGAUGGAAAGAUCACGCGUCAGGAGUUCAUCGACGGGAUCCUGGCCUCAAAGUUUCCCACCAGUAGACUGGAGAUGACCGCGGUGGCCGACAUCUUUGACAGAGAUGGAGACGGUUACAUCGACUACUACGAAUUUGUCGCCGCUCUUCACCCCAACAAGGACGCGUACCGACCAACCACCGACGCUGACAAGAUCGAGGACGAGGUGACUCGUCAGGUGGCUCAGUGUAAAUGUGCCAAGAGGUUCCAGGUGGAGCAGAUCGGAGAAAACAAAUACCGGUUCUUCCUCGGAAACCAGUUCGGCGACUCUCAGCAGCUGCGUCUCGUCAGGAUUCUGCGCAGCACGGUGAUGGUGCGAGUCGGAGGCGGGUGGAUGGCUCUGGACGAGUUUCUGGUUAAAAAUGAUCCAUGCAGAGUGCAACAUCCAGGACUUAAGAUUCUCCGCUCCGACUCCAGUAGCUCCAUCUCAUCUCGUAUAGUGACAGUCACUCCUGGCUAUUUCUGCUGCCGAGCUCGUGGGCGAACCAACCUGGAGCUGAGGGAGAAGUUCAUCCUUCCCGAGGGAGCGUCUCAGGGCCUCGCCGCUUUCCGCUCCCGGGGACGCCGCUCGAAGCCGGGCUCCAGAAACGCCUCCCCCACUCGCUCCUCCUCCUCCGCCUCCCACAGCGGCGCCUCCCUCCCCUCGGCUCCUUCCACCCCGGCCACACCGACGGCCUCCGCAUCGUCCAGGUCCUCCCAUACUCACUCGCGUGACUAUGCCAAGCCCUGGCUGGCUCACAGUAAAACUCCAACGUCAACCAAGUGCCACUGCUGCCCAGAUCUGGGUCUCGGCCACACCACUCCUGGGCACGAGGGGGCGGCGUCGGGAUCCAAGCUGAAGCGGCCGACCUUCCACUCGAGCCGCGGAUCGUUGACCGGAGAGAACGGAGGAACGACACACGGCAGCAAACCAGGACGAAGCGACCCAAAGCGAGGCGCCAGUGGUCCGACCAGCCGAGCCGGCAGCCGGGCGGGCAGCCGAGCCGGCAGCCGGCGCGGCAGCGAUGCCUCGGACGCCUCAGAGCUCCAGGACGCUCGCUCCGUCUGCUCCGACACCUCAGACACCCCGAGGCGACCCGGCAGCGGCGCCAAACCCUCCAAGAUCCCCACCAUCUCCAAGAAGACGCCCAGCCCAAAGACCCCGGGCUCUGCAAAGAAAUAAGAGCAGGGACAAGAGAAACUGGAUCACACCUCCGUCACGGAGGGUGGACUGCUGUCAUCGGCCAUCUUGGGUUCACCCGCUCUUCCACAUCCAUCCGUGGGGCUUGUACUGAAUCUCUGCACUUUGACUGACAUCAGGGGAAAGGAGGAGAUGGAUGAGACGUUCUUCUCGUUCUUUCCCCGUUCCUAGAAAAAUGUCUGAAAAUAAAGAACCAAGAGGAAAAAGGUUCUGGUCUGACGUCUCAGUCCAGAGUCUGUGGGGGCGAAACCGACUUUUCCCCUUUAAGAAGCGACUCCAGUUUGCCUUCCAGUCUCCUGCUUCCUCUUCCACGAGUUCCCCACCAGCGUGGAAUCGAACACCGACUGACAAGACGUGAUGCUGCCUUACUUUCACACUUGUGUCCCGCUCAGACAGAGCGACACAGAAAGUCUUUAAACUGCUUUACACCACACUGACACACAGAUACGCACAUUGUAACUCAGAGGCGGGGCAGGGAGCGGGACACACCACCGCCACCACCAGCGCCGCCACCGCCACGGCUAUGAAAACAAAGAGGAGCUCAAAUGUCCUUCAGGAAAAAAGAAAAGAAUUGUGGGUUAUUAUUUUGGCUUGUGGGCCAGAUGCCUCAACGAUGAGUUAAAAAAGAAAAUAUGCAACGACCGCCCCGUCGCUUCCUCUGGCGAGAGAAAGCGUCACCUCAGCAGAUGGGCAGCCGCCACAUGUGGAGAGCUCAGGAGGUGGGAAACACACACCGGCCGACCUCAGGCUCGGAGGACCGGUGGCGGUGGCGGUGCUGCUGCAGCUGAGGGCAAACACUCGCA